CCGUUGCUGUUUCAAUAAAAGGGAGGAAAAAAUACCAAUCGGCAGCAUCUUAGUUGAUCUGUCACCGAGAACGCUCUCUCAUAUUAAUCAUCUCAACAGUGUAGCUUGUUUCAGCCGCUUGACGCAGAGAACCACCUGACCGACUAGAAAUCAUGGCGGAAAUGAAUCCCACUUCAGUUACUAUGACCUCGCUCGCUAGAGCCUUGUCGUUUUCAGGUUCCUACGAGAGGGACCGGGACGAUGAAUUUAACUCUCACACUACUUUUGGUCGAGGCAGUGUGCCACAUCUCGGCCAAAGAAGAAGUUUGAUUGAUUGCGCGAACGCGGUCUACUCCUGUGAAGAAGUUUGUGUUCUUGUCAUCAACACCGGAGGAACCAUUGGAAUGACACUCAAGAAUGACGUUCUAGAACCAGAACCUCAUGCUUUUGUGAAGAACCUCAGGAAGCUCAUCAUGUUCCAUGAUGAAGAGUACGCCCAGAAGACUAAACUGUACGAUCACUACGAUUUUCCAGAGAGCACGCUGGUCCUGCCGAUGCCCACACCUCAUGCAGACCAGCUAUUUCAGGGAAUGUGUAAAGACAAGAAGAGGAUUGUGUACACCGUCUUAGAGUACGAUCCCCUGCUGGACUCGUCUAACAUGACCCCGAAAGACUGGGGGACGAUUGGGAAGGACAUCGAGAAAUACUACGAGAAGUACGACGGCUUUGUGGUCCUCCACGGGACCGACACCAUGGCGUACACGGCCUCCGCUCUGUCCUUCAUGUGCGAACACCAGGGCAAGCCUGUAAUCCUCACUGGCUCCCAGGUGCCGAUCUACGAGAUGAGGAACGAUGGUAGAGGUAACCUCAUGGGGGCGCUGAUGAUCGCUGGUCAGUUUUACAUUCCUGAGGUGUGUCUAUACUUCAAUAACAAGCUCUACCGGGGGAACCGCGUCACCAAGGUGGACUCCGGAAGCUACAACGCCUUCUGCUCUCCCAACCUGGCCCCUCUGGCCAACGCGGAAGUGGACAUCACAAUCAACUGGGACACGGUGUGGAGGGCCAACACCACAGAACGCUUCCGGGUCAGCCCGGAGGUCAACCGCAACGUGGGUCUCCUCAGGCUGUUCCCCGGCAUCACCACCCAGACCGUGAUCGCCUUCCUGCAGCCGCCCCUAGAGGGCGCUGUCCUGGAGACGUACGGCAGCGGAAACGCCCCCGACAACCGCCCGGACCUGCUGGAGGAGCUGACGAAGGCCACCAAGCGUGGCAUCAUCAUCAUCAACUGCACCCAGUGUCUGAAGGGCUCUGUGUCCACGUCCUACGCCACCGGCCAGGUCCUGAUGGACGCAGGGCUGAUCCCAGGUCGUGACAUGACCCCCGAGGCGGCCCUCUCUAAGCUGUCCUACGUGCUGGCCCGGGCCGAGCUCAGCCUGGAGGACAAGAAGAAGAUGAUGAAGCAGAACCUGCGAGGCGAGAUGUGUGCUGACCUGGCAGGGGCCAAGCUCUCCAUGAGUGACAGUCGCUUCAUCCAGGUCAUCGCCAAGACGCUCAGCAUCAGCUGCAAGGAGGAGCUGGAAGCCAUCCGUGACGCCCUCACCCCCCCGUUGGCCUGCGCUGCCUCCAAGAUCGGAGAUAUCGACGCCUUGAAGGCCAUCCGAGAAAUGGGCAGUGACCUGAGUCUGGCGGACUACGACGGGCGCACCCCUCUGCAUGUGGCGGCCUGUGAGGGCCACCUGGAGGUGGUGAAGUACCUCCUCUGCCACGGCGCCUCCGUCCACGCAAAGGACCGCUUCGGGGACACGCCCCUGAGCAACGCCAGGCGCUUCAGACACAAGGAGGUGGUGAGGCUGUUGAGGAGGACAGGGGCUCACCUCUCUACCACUGAGCGCAAGGAAGCAGGAACAGAGCUGUGCAGCCUGGCUGCCUGUGGGGACGUGGCAGGGCUGGAGAUGUGGAUGCUGGCCGGGGUGGACCCCUGCACUGCCGGCUACGACGGCCAGACAGCCAUGAGUGUGGCCAAGGCUACAAACAACCAGGAGAUGAUUAAGCUUCUUUCCCAGAUCCCUAAAGCCGAGUAAAACUAGAUGCCUCCGCCCCAGUUCUUAUUCUGAAGACGACACCCGUCAAAUGGAGUGUCGUUCCGUCCGCCUAAUAAAAGAUGGAAAAAUAGCCAACAGACAUUCUCCUGAGCCAUAUAUCUGAGUGUUUAUUAGGGGUGGGAAUCUUUUGGUACCUCAUGAUUCGAUCCGAAUCGAUUCUUGGGGUCACGAUUCGAUUAAAAAUCGAUUCACGAUUUUUUCGAUUCAUGAUUUUUUUUUUAAAUUUUUAAUCAAAUUUUGAUUCAUUAUAUGCUUACAUUUGAUUCUAGUUUGCUGUUUAGUGUUACUUGUUUCUUUUUGACUGUGAUAGGCAGUUAAGUGUUGAAGAAAAAAAUCCCAAUGCAUCAAAACCUUGAAAUUUAUUGUUUUUCUUGCAGUUUAGUACCCUCAUUGUUAACAAAAAAAAAAAAAAAAACUUGCAUUUUGACAUUUGUGAAUCGCUAGAAGACUGAAUCGCGAUUCAAAUGUGAAUCGAUUUUUUCCCCCACCCCUAGUGUUUAUGUCCAUGUGCACUAUAUUUGUAGUUAAGGAACUGUGGUCCUCUCUUGAAACCUCUCAUAGCACAACAAUUAAUGUCAGGACAUGUUCUGGUGCCUCAGUCUGUGUGUGAUCUUCACGUCCAACUGUGAACGACAAUUUAUGUGUUAAGAGAUCGUUAAUUUGUAGGAUUUUAGAGUAUUAUCACUGACCACUUUAAGCUCAGUGAAUAACAUCUACUGAUCUCACCACUUGCAAACCCCCCUCCCAAAAACUUCUGUUUUACACUGAUUCUAGGAAGAAGUUAGCGGGAGGUUGCUGUAGUGAGGGGAAACCCUCCCUUAUGUCGAAUCAUCCAGCCUUCUCUGCUGCUCAGUCUUUGUGCAGGUCCAGGUACGCACAGACCUGGACCCAAACCUGCGAAGCCUUUUGACCGUGCAGCUGCUCCCCGUAUCCCUCCACCUCCUCCCCUGUCUGCCCUGCCACUGCCCCCGUAUCCCUCCACCUCCUCCCCUGUCUGCCCUGCCACUGCCCCCGUAUCCCUCCACCUCCUCCCCUGUCUGCCCUGCCACUGCCCCCGUAUCCCUCCACCUCCUCCCCUGUCUGCCCUGCCACUGCCCCCGUAUCCCUCCACCUCCUCCCCUGUCUGCCCUGCCACUGCCCCCGUAUCCCUCCACCUCCUCCCCUGUCUGCCCUGCCACUGCCCCCGUAUCCCUCCACCUCCUCCCCUGUCUGCCCUGCCACUGCCCCCGUAUCCCUCCACCUCCUCCCCUGUCUGCCCUGCCACUGCCCCCGUAUC